AUGUGGUACCUCAUUGAAGCUAAACUCGCAAGUGAGCUCCUUGUAGGAUUCCAUGUGAUAGAGAAGAGCUUGGCCAAGUGCAUGUUCUUGAGACCAACUCCACAUCCUCAAAGAUUCCAAGGGCCUUCAUUGUGUCAACAUGUGGGUUCAUCUUGGUUCUCUUGCUCACUUCAUCAACCAAUUGAUUCACCUCUUCUCCUUCCUCUUCACUCUCAGUCUCAUCACUUCCUUCUUCAUUGGAGAGCCAUUUCCCUCCUCUUGAACAAGGUUCACUCCAAUCUCAAACUCCCCUUGCUCACUCUCACUACUAAUGGGUCAUUCCUCUUCUUGGUCCUCCUUUCCUCCCUCAAUCUCUCACUCUCAGACUCUUCCUCAGAGUACACAUACUCCUCUGCAUCAGAUCUUCCAUCCUCUGAUCAUCCUCUCCAAAUCGGCUUGCAUCUUAAGCCUUCUUUCCCUUGCAUUGCUUGA